AUGAAGCCGAACUCGACCACCAACACCGACUCGACUCGAUGCCCGAGCAAGGACAAGAACAAAGACAAGGACAAGGAGAAAGAUCCUCAAACGCGUUUGCUUGAGCCCCCUGUCCAACAACAAUAUGCCGCCAAAAUGAAGCUUCCCAGCCUAUCUUCGUUUCUUUACAAGACGUUCUACGUCCUCUGCGUCCUUGGUCUCACCGGACUUAUCAUUAUAACGCCAGCGGAUCUCAUUGCGCAAGCCCGGAAAAGGAGCCACAGUCCUCUCCAGAUCGCCAAUACGCUGGUGGCUCCCGCUGGAUAUGUUGCUACAUUCUUCUGGGCUGUACUGCUGUACUCUAUUAGAAUCGUCUCGAACAAGGCCCAUCUGAAGAAAAUCCCAAGGUCAGAAAUUCCGAUCGAGAAGGGCGACGUGAAGGAAAAGGUCCGGAAAAUGAUUGAAGCAAGCCUCAACCGGAGUGCUGUCAUCGCAUGGGACUCUCGACCUCGCCUUUCCGACCAGCCAGCAAGUAUCGUGUCUGACCCGGAAAAUCGAGAUGAUGUAGUCGAAACCAUGGAUCAAGCGGCGGAAAAGAGAUGGAGAGUGAAGCGUGGGAUAUUCCGCAGAGUACGCACCCAGAUGGAAUCAGAGGAGCAUACAGUGACGAUCCCCCCGCCUGCUCCUGUGUGGGGAGACAUAGCACAUAAUGGAUGGUCCUCGCCGACAUCACCAGACUUGCCGAACUUGCAAUACAUUACAGUUAUUCUUGAACUGCCGCAUCUGAUUGAGGCCAGGGCGGUCUCUCUGGCGCCUGUAGACCCCGGGUCCACCUCUGAGUCCCCUUUACCCGAUAUUCGAGCCGUGGACCUUCUGCAAAGACAAGCAGCAACUUGUCUCAGGGACUAUAUCGGUCAUCUAGUCAGUAUGGGAGUUGUUCCAGCGCCAGAAGUGGCUACCGGAUUUCUCGCGAAUUACGAAUAUGCUCGGUUUUCUGGCCAGACUCUGAGCGAACAUCAAUUUCGGGAACUUAUGAGGCAAUUUGCGGAUCUACUCAGGAUUAUGGAACCACUUAGCCCUGCGAUUCUCACAAGCCUGGAUAUCGACCGUUCGGAGACCGACAUUGACGAUGAUGGCUCAGCCUCACUCACCCCAGCAACACCAAGCAGCCGCUCUCUCGCAUCUUCUCGCAGCAUUCGCAGCCGCAGCCGCAGCGAGGGGACUGUCCGCACGGGACCAGCCCGAAGUAUUGGCACAUGUUCCAAGAGACAGGAAUUCGGCACUGCGCCUGCUACACCCAGAAGCAAGAAGAGGUUGAUGUCCAGGUCACCGAGCAUGCAUAGCUUUGCGCCGAGUGGAAGACCGAAUGGUGGGAGUUGUGGCGGAAGCUCGAGUUCAAGUUUACGGUCUACAAGUCGGGGGAGUGUUAUUCGGUUGAGUAGUGCGCAUGAGGAUGGAUUCAGCCUCCAUAUACCCAGACCGCGGUGA